GCAACAAUAGUGAUUUCUUAUCAAUAGUUCAGUGCAUAUAGAGAAGUGAGAUUACUUAUAUUAAAGUUGGUUCAGAUUUAUAAAUAAAGUUCAACGAGGGAAAAAAUAAAGUUAAUGAAUAGUACUACUAGUAUAACUGUGAUUUCAAUUCCUUCUUAUAAUGGGUAGCAUUGAUAGAGCAUGCAUAUCUGGAUUUCUUUGUCGUCUUUGCUCUGAAAUGCACAGAAUAGUAAUACAUAUAUAUGGUGAUCAGGGCAGGAAAUUAUGUUUAGUAGAAAAGAUUAACGGGUAUCUGCCAAUUACCAUUUCUCCAACGGAUCCUUUACCUAAAACUAUAUGUGAGACAUGUUUAAGAAGAGUGGAACAACAUUAUGACUUGCUGAUGAGACUAACGCGAAUAAAACAAGGCAACUUUCCUAAAAUCAAAAAGACUCAACAAGCACUUCGUACCAUAGGUGACGUUUCUAGUACAGAUGUUUCUGAUGAUGAACAUUUUGACCUUACUAUAUCUCAGGAAGCGCGAAAUUCUAUAAGGGACACAAAUGUACUACAAUUAUCAACAGAUGUUUCGUCCCAAUCGUCAUUAAUUGGUACGAUGCAAGCGACUACUGAAUAUAUUAGCCACCUACCCUAGAAAUAACUAAACUAUGGAGAGUAUAUUAAGAAUACGAGAUGAUUAUGCCGAUGUGCGAAAAAAAUAUUAAAUAUCAUGUAAAUGACAGUUUCUAAAUCGCAUACAUUAUUAAUAUUAGAAUUUAAAUUUUUGGGUGUAUAUUCGACUUAGGUUAAAUAAAAUAAUAGCAAUAAGACAAAUACAAUUAAAAGUUAUGUAACUCCAAA